GAGUAAGGCGCAAAAUUUACUUUUGAAACUGUGGAAUUGUAAUCCCAAGGACGUAAACCGAAUGGAUACGGACGACUGGGAUUUGAGCGCGGAGGAAUUGGAUUCUCUGGAAAGAGACGCUCUCAAGCAAAUUGCAGAACGCAAGUCCUCCUCUUCUUCUCCUGCUACUUCCACAAGUGUGACUAGUGGUGCUACAUCUUUGGACUCCGGGUUUUCUUUUCAUGGUUAUGGGCCCCAACAGAAUUUACAUUCCAAGCCUCAACCAGCUGCUCCACUGGGGAGGUCUCCGAUCGACCCCCGUCCCACCCAGAAGCGGAUUGAUCCUUCACCUCCUGCAUCUAUGAUAUCUCCUUCGUCCAGUGCUUGUGACGUAACUGGUAACUUUCUUGGCAUUUUCCAUCAAGCAGAUGACUACUCAAAGCAACAGCCUCCUAAACUCUCGGUCAGGUUAUUCCUACAUGCUAGUGGAAAUGUUGCUGCAAAAUUCCCAUAUGAUCCGUUAAUUGUGGCAGCAUUCCGUAAGAUCCAAAAGGCCAGUUGGAAUGUGAAAGAAAGAUUGUGGAUAUUUCCCAUGUCUUCAUUGAUUACAGUGGAAAAAGUUCUUAGUGAUAUAUCUGACGCCAAACUGGAGGUCGAGAAUUUAGAUCCUUUAGUACGGCGAGCUAUUGCUGCUGCAUCUGCAGUUCCAGAUCUUCAAGCUCGCUAUCACCUCAUUCCUGCAAGUAUCGAAUCGAGGCUUCUGCCUUUCCAGCGCGAUGGUGUUAGAUUUGUGCUCCAACAUGGAGGGCGUGCCCUCCUAGCUGAUGAGAUGGGGCUUGGGAAGACUCUCCAGGCUAUUGCUGUUGUCUCAUGUAUUCGUGAAGCAUGGCCAGUUCUAGUUCUCACUCCAUCAUCGCUGAGGCUUCAUUGGGCUUCUAUGAUUCAAGAUUGGCUGAAUGUACCUUCGUCAGAUAUACUUGUGGUUUUAUCUCAAUGUGGUGGGUCAAACAGGGGUGGAUUUAAUAUACUGGCAUCAAACACCAAGAGGACUAUCCAACUUGAUGGUGUUUUUAACAUCAUAUCCUAUGACAUUGUCCCUAAGUUUCAGGAUGUCCUGAUGGCUUCAGAAUUUAAGGUAGUUAUUGCAGAUGAAUCACAUUUCUUAAAAAAUGGCCAAGCAAAAAGGACAAAUGCUACAGUUCCCAUAUUGCAGAAAGCUCAAUAUGUGAUGCUGCUCAGUGGAACGCCUGCUUUGUCACGACCGAUUGAAUUAUUUAAACAGCUGGAAGCCUUGUAUCCUGGUGUAUAUAAGAAUGUCCAUGAAUAUGGCAAUCGGUACUGCAAGGGUGGCACAUUUGGAGUCUAUCAGGGAGCAAGCAAUCAUGAAGAGCUGCACAAUUUGAUGAAAGCAACAGUGAUGAUUCGCAGACUUAAAAAGGAUGUCCUUUCGGAGCUACCUGUAAAGCGCCGACAACAGGUGUUCUUGGAUUUAGGGGAGAAGGAAAUGAGACAUGUUAAUGCCUUAUUUUGUGAGUUGGAGAUAAUUAAAUCCAAAAUUAGGUCCAGUCACUCCAAAGAGGAAGCUGAGUCACUUAAAUAUGCUGAGAAGAAUCUCAUUAAUAAGAUAUAUACUGAUUCAGCCGAAGCCAAGAUUCCAGCUGUUCUGGAUUAUUUGGGAACUAUGAUAGAGGCUGGCUGCAAGUUCCUAAUUUUUGCACAUCACCAACCAAUGAUCUGCUCAAUACAUCAAUACCUGCUUAAGAAAAAAGUUGGGUGUAUUCGUAUUGAUGGUGGUACCCCAGCUGCAUCAAGGCAAGCUUUAGUUACAGACUUUCAGGAGAAAAGCAGUAUAAAGGCUGCUGUGCUGUCUAUUAAAGCUGGUGGAUUUGGAUUAACCUUAACAGCAGCAAGCACGGUAAUCUUUGCAGAAUUGUCUUGGACACCAGGUGACCUGAUUCAGGCAGAAGAUCGAGCACAUAGGAUUGGUCAGGUAUCAUCAGUCAACAUAUACUAUCUGCUGGCAAAUGACACAGUCGAUGAUAUAAUAUGGGAUGUUGUGCAGAGCAAAUUGGAAAAUCUCGGACAGAUGCUCGAUGGCCAUGAGAAUUCCUUGGAAGUAUCCGUUAAUCAGCAAAACAGUAGCCCGGCAAAGCAGAGAACCCUAGAUUACUUCAUGAAGCGUUGCACCAACUCAUCUGACCACGUGCCAAUAUUCAAACAUGCAAAGCAUUGAGGAUUUUGACUACAAACUGUUGGCCCAAGACAGUAAUGAUGUUUGCUUUUUUCAGUUCAUACAGGGGCGUGUAUAAAAACAAGCUUUGAUUUUAGAAUUUUGGUAAUGCAAAAUUUUUGUCUUCCAUGAAUGUACAACUGUAAAAUUGCCUUGUGAUAAUGUACAA